CUUCAACGAUGCGACCACGGUGACAACGAUACGCAAGAAGACGUGGGCACAUAGCAAGUAUCACCAUCAAACACACUCUUGAUGUUGUAAACCAAAAAAAAAAAAAUCUAGCAAAGAUGCUACUAUUCUGCCCUCACUGCGCCAACAUUCUCACCGUGUCCGCCAUGGACAACGGUCUCAACCGCCUCGAAUGCCGCACCUGCCCUUACGAGUAUGCCAUCAACGAGCCCCUGUACUCGCGGCGCGUAUUCCACCGGAAGGAGAGGGAGGAUGUCUUUGGCGGACCGGGUGCCUGGGACAAUGCACAGAAGGGCAAGGUCCAGUGUCCCGCCGAAGGCUGCGACGGCGAGGAAGCGGCCUUUUUCCAGGUGCAAAUUCGCAGUGCUGAUGAGCCCAUGACGAGCUUCUUCAAGUGCAUGACUUGUGGCCAUCGGUGGCGGGAGAAUUAAAGUAGUUGAUACAGGCCGACGGAAGAAACCUUGUAAUGAGAAUAGGUUCAAGGUAAAGAGAUGGGCCCAUGCGACGCGAACGGCGUCUCGCGACGAAGGAUUGGGGUUGGUCUGGUCGGUAUAGUUGGCAUGGCAUGGCGUCACGGCGUUCUUCUGAAUGUUUCUUCUUUUUUUCUCAGUAUUCGAUAUCGAAUUCAAGCAGAAAAAAACCAUCCGGGUCAUGUUUGG